AUGAAAGACAGCGAAUAUAGAAGCUGGGCGGAUCUUCCGUCGGACUUGACGUCAUCCAUCCUGAUCCGGCUUGGUGUGAUUGACAUACUUGAAAACGCUCAGAAAGUGUGCAGAUCGUGGCGUCGCGUCUGCAAAGACCCUUCUAUGUGGCGGAAGAUCGACAUGGGAAACCUCAUACCCAAGAUAAUAUACUGCAAGUGCGACGACCUCGGAAUCAUGUGUCGUCAUGCAGUUGAUCGUAGCCAAGGCGGCUUGGUUGAGAUUGACAUUAAGUACUUCUGUACUGAUAAGCUCCUCAACUACAUCGCCCAUAGUUCAAGUAAUCUGAGAAGCCUGAGACUUGUAGAAUGCUAUACAAUAAAAAACGAUGGAUUUGUCGAUGCAGUUGUGAAACAUCCAUUGCUUGAAUAUCUCGAGGUUACACACCUCCCAUUGACAGGAGAGUCUCUGAAAAUUGCAGGCCAGUCUUGUCCAAACCUGAAGACACUGAAGCUAAAUGGCAGCACUUGGAAAAGGAUAUUAAUCAACGGAUUUGAUAAUAAUGCAUUGGCAAUUGCAGAGAGCAUGCCUAAACUAAGACACCUUGAGCUUUUAGGGAACUCGCUGACCAACACCGGCUUGAACGCCAUUCUUGACAGUUGUCCUCACCUAGAACACCUUGAUAUAGGCAUGUGUUUCAACAUUCAAUUUGACGAGGAUCUUAAGAAGCGAUGUUCGACGAGGAUCAGAGUUGUGAAAGGCCCGGCUAUAUGA